CAAUUCUAUCCCACCACCUGGACAAUCCUUUCGCUGGUUAUAAGAUCCAAGUCCGAGUCAGGCGUUCUCUCAGUUUUUCAUGCGAAAAUAAAGACGUAGACUCUUUCGUAACAUGACGCGACUCCCAGUGAUUAGUGUCUUUGUGCUCCUCUGUGGAUCGAUCGUUAAUGCAGACGGACAAUGCAAAUUAUCACCGUGCGUUACUGUCGAUAUUUACUACGAGUCACUCUGCGGAAGCAGCAUGAUGUUCAUGAGGAAUGAAUUGAUACCUUCGUAUCCAGCACUCAAGGAUUACCUCAACAUCAAUUUCGUGCCUUAUGGAAAGGCCUCGACUAAGCUGAGCGACGCUAAAAAGUACUCGUUCACAUGUCAACACGGUCCCACGGAGUGUCAAGGGAACAAGGCCCAGGCCUGCGGUUACAACGCAAUCCUCGAGUCCGGGCGAUCCUUCGAGGAGAAGCAAUCCCUGGCGGUGUCUUUCAUCGGUUGUGUCAUGUCCAGCGAUAAUCCAGCCACCGCAGUCCCACAGUGCGCCGAGACCGCUGGAUUAAACGAGGAGACGAGGAAGACCAUCGACGAGUGCGGAAAAUCGGAUGCUGGGGAUGCCCUUCUGGCUGCCUUCGGCGAGAGGACACAUGAUCUCAAGCCUAAACUGGCUGUUGUGCCCACCAUUGUCCUCGAUGGGGUAUACACUCAGGAAAAUCAGGACGCAGCGGUUUCUGACUUCAAGAAACUCAUCUGCAGUCGCAUUUCCGACGAGAAAAAGCCGGCUAUUUGUUCGAAGUGAAUAACUCAUUAAUGAAAUUCUCUCAAUCUUCUCAGAUUGAUUUAUUCCUGUUUUAUACACUGAGCGUGUGAUUUUGCCGCUGGAGAAUUAAUGAAUAGAUUAGCUGAGUGAGUUAUGAAAUGUCAAGUAAUUAAGGAGAAUAAACGAAUGAUGAUUCAUGAGAAGGUCUCACGUCGAGUUAGAGAGCCCAUUAAUUGGUGAAUUGUUUGGAAUUGUUUAUUACAUUGAGAUGACCUUUUAAAAAACUUAUAAAGACAGAAUAAACGAAAAUUGUUUACGUAAAAAAAUAUUCAAUAAAAAAUACACCAACAGAAAAACAA